UUAACAACAGUGGUAUAUAACAUUGACAAAUAUCUAUAUUCAAAUUGUGUUUCUUUGCUUAUAGAUGGAUACACAACCGAUGAUAUUGAGUUUUACUGGAAUGGGGGAGAAUCUGCAGUAACAGGGGUUAACAACAUUGAGCUCCCACAGUUCUCAAUUGUUGAUUACAAGAUGGUAUCAAAAAGAGUGGAAUUUACAACAGGAGCAUAUCCCCGACUAUCGCUCAGUUUUCGGCUUAAACGAAACAUAGGUUACUUCAUUUUGCAAACAUAUAUGCCUUCCACGUUGAUCACAGUUCUCUCAUGGGUAUCUUUUUGGAUCAACUAUGAUGCAUCUGCAGCCAGAGUUGCCCUAGGAAUCACAACAGUGCUGACAAUGACCACAAUCAGUACCCAUCUCAGGGAGACGCUGCCAAAGAUUCCAUAUGUAAAGGCAAUAGAUAUUUACCUAAUGGGAUGCUUUGUGUUCGUGUUUCUGGCCUUGCUGGAAUAUGCCUUUGUGAACUACAUAUUCUUUGGAAAAGGUCCUCAGCGUCAAAAAAAGGCCGUUGAAAAAGCCGGCCAGACCCCUAAUGAGAAGGGCAAACUGGAAAUGAAAAAAGUUCAGGUAACAGAUUCAAGAUGA